UCAGUUCGGAUCAGUUACGCUCAAGUCGAAUGCACCCAAUUGCAUGGAGACCACGAAUCGUUGUUGCCAUGGCUGUCGAGGUGUUCUCCUUCUGACCACCGAUCGAUCUGGACGAAUUCGAACAACGUAUGAGGAGAGAGCAACAGUAACCUAUUUACGGGAAACACAUAUCGAGUUUGGAUUUCGACUCUGCAAAAAGAAUCCAAUGACUGCGGGAACUAGAGAACCCAAGUAACUAGCAACAAGUGAUGGCGAUGGCAUUUCUCUGCCACUCCGCACUCUCAGCCCCCAAAAUCAGGAAGACUACCUUCCUUUUCCCCAGUUCAUCUUCCACUUCUCAGUCUAGAGGCUCUGUUCCAUGGCAAAGAAAGCCACCCAUCUUCAGCUCAUGCACAUCGGUGCGUUUUUCAGUUUCUGGUGGUCGGAAGCCAGAGGCGGUUGUCACGGAGACGAGCUCCUCCGGCGAGACUAACCGAAGUUCGGGGUCGAUGAAACUGACCUAUUUGGAGGGGAAUAGUUGGUUGCUGGUUGUGGAUGGCCUCAACAUUCUUGUGGAUCCAAUCUUGGUUGGCAACUUGGAUUUUGGGGUUCCUUUGUUAUACGACGGUGCCAAAAAAGUUGUGAAGAAUUUUCAGCUGAACAGUCUAUCAGAUACCGAUUGCCUGCUAAUCACUCAAAGCCUUGAUGAUCACUGCCAUGUGCGGACUCUGAAGCCACUAUCAAGAAUGCUUCCUGAUUUAAAAGUUGUAUCAACCCCCAAUGCAGAGCCAAUCCUCAGUGAGUUGUUCAAAAAUGUCACGUAUUUGGAGCCAGGAGAAAGUUCUGAAAUAGAAGGGAAGAAUGGAUCCAAAGUCACUGUUCGUGCUUCUGCAGGACCUAUACUUGGUCCUCCGUGGCAGCGUCCAGAGAAUGGGUACUUUAUUGUUUCCCAAGAAAAACAAUUAAGCAUUUACGUUGAGCCACAUUGUGUAUACGAUGAGUCAUCCUUGCAAAAUAAUAAGGCUGACAUAGUUAUCACACCAGUUAAAAAGCAACUACUUCCUGCAUUCACUCUGGUUUCAGGACAAGAGGAUGCUGUCAAGCUAGCAUGCUUACUUGGUGCCAGAUUCGUUGUGCCAAUGAAUAAUGGAGAUCUUGAGGCCAAAGGCAUUCUUUCUACAAUCUUGCGAUCUGAAGGGACAGUCGACUCGUUUAAGGUACGGGCGCUGAUAUCUUCAUUAAGUUUCGAACAUUGUUUCUACAUGGAGGCACAUCGAAUGGGAGUUUAACUGGAGCAUUCCUGUGACAUAGAGAUUAAGCCUAUUAAUGGAUGUUUGAUGGAUAUUAUAGCAUUGCAAUCAUGAGGGAAUGAUAAUUGUACUUGAGAUAUGUCUUCUUAGGCCAUCUCAAUAAUGUUCAUGUCACUUAACAUCUUGUUUCCAUUUUCAUUUUAAUAUGAAAACCCGCUG